AUGCUGUCAUUCGCCGCACCUAGUUGGAAUACGGCCGUUUUCAAUGCGCGCUCUCGAAAAACCCGUCAAGCAUCGCUCAUCAUCCCUCGCCUCUACCUCUCGGACGCAUUCACCGCCAAAGAUGAACAGGAACUGGCGAAGCUCAAGAUCACUCAUGUUAUCACGAUUGCGGAUCGUUCAGAGGCGAACAUCCAGGAACAUUUCGUCAACACCACGCAAUUCAUCUCAUCAGCAUUAGAGGAAAACGAGGAUAACAUCGUUUUGGUACAUUGCUUCCAAGGCAUCAGCCGCAGUGCCACGAUUGUAUGCGCGUAUCUGGUAGCGGUCACGACAAUGACGCCCACCGAGGCACUGGUCUAUGUUCAGUCAAAACGGACUGUUGUGUGUCCUAAUCUUGGAUUUCGGAAUCAACUGGAGCAAUGGGGAGCGCAGUUCAAGGAUCAGAAGAAGCGCGGCAGCGUGGUUUCCCGCACGUUGGGCGGCAUUUCUGAUCGAUUGCGCGAGUUGAAGGCUGCAGCCGGUGCCCCUCCUUCAACGAAGAAACUCAUUAUACCCAGACAGCCGGUUGGUGACAACAUCUGA